AUGUAUGUCAAGGUUGCAAUGGUCAUCGAACGCGGUGUAGCUCUGUGGAAACGCAAGAAGUACGAAAAGUUUGGAGGAAAAUUAGGCCUCGCUCUUGCUGCAGUUUCGGUCCUCGCUGCGUUCGCUAUCACCGCAUGGAGCAUACGUAGAGCAGAAUACUCAGACAAGCCGUACUGCUCUUCGUCUACACCAGCUACAUUAGCAAGAUCGGCUACUGCAUACAUCAUUGUUUGUGGAAUAGGUAUAAUUGCAUUGAUCGGCGUUGUGCUUUUAUUCACUACAAAUCGAACUGCCGUAAAAAAAAAGCGUUUUGAUCUUACCUCCUCUUAUCAACUGAACGAAAAUUAUACCGUAAUUAGAAUGCUUUUGCCCCACGCCGUAUUUCAAAGCAUGUGCUAUAUAUUUUAUACAAUUCUUUCUGCAUUUAUUUCGGGCAAUGCGGAAAAAUUCGAGUACAUCACGUUCCGAAUGUUGCUGUCCCUUAUCUACUUAUUACUGCUUACCGUUACCCGUCCUGAGUUAAUGCUCACCGAGCCCUAUCGUGCUGCCCUGAAGAUACCGCACGGACACGCGAACGGGAACUCGGCAAUGGACUAA